AUGACGAGCACUGACCAACCACCAGAACAACAACAUCCAGAACUUGUCACCACCGUUGGGCAUAACUCGGUGGGUUCCGACGUUGCCCUUGACACGCUCCGAGAACUCUACCUUCCACGUACAAUUAGCGACCGAGAGUUGAAUGACCAAGACAACACCAUCAUUUAUAAGAGCACCCAUGCUUACCCUGCUGUUCGACGAUUACGACCUUCUGAACGUAAACGCAUUCUGGUUACUGGGGGAGCAGGCUUUGUUGGGUCACACUUGGUCGACCGGCUGAUGCUCAUGGGCCACGAGGUCAUUGUGCUCGACAACUUUUUCACAGGCACCAAACGUAACGUUCAACACUGGAUUGGCCAUCCUCACUUUGAGCUUGUUCGACAUGACGUGGUGGACCCUUUCAUGAUUGAAGUCUCCCAAAUCUACCACUUGGCGUGUCCUGCUUCUCCUCCGCACUAUCAGUACAAUCCUACAAAGACCGUCAAGACGAGUGUCAUGGGUACUAUCAACAUGCUUGGCCUUGCUAAACGUACCAAAGCACGAUUCCUUCUCACAUCAACAUCAGAGGUAUAUGGUGAUCCAGAAGAACAUCCUCAAAAAGAAACCUAUUGGGGUCACGUCAAUCCUAUUGGUCCACGGGCAUGCUAUGAUGAAGGAAAACGUAUCGCUGAGACUUUAACGUACGCCUACAUGCGCCAAAACGAUGUCGAUGUGCGCGUUGCUCGGAUCUUUAAGCAAGUAUCACUGUUAUCCACUCGUUGCAUAGCAACAUGUCCACGUAUGUCACCUGCAGAUGGCCGUGUCGUGAGCAAUUUUAUCAUGCAAGCUAUCAAAGGCGAGCCGCUGACGCUAUAUGGUGAUGGGCAGCAGACUCGGUCAUUCCAAUACAUUCAUGAUCUCGUGGAUGGAUUAAUUCUGUUGAUGAACAAAAACUACAUGGAACCUGUCAACCUUGGAAAUCCAGAUGAAUACACCAUCAAGGAUUUUGCUGAUAUCAUUCGAGAACAAAUUGUCGAGUCAUCCGCAGCUCAGGAUAACGUGCAAAUCAAGAUCUUACCAGCAGCCAUGGAUGAUCCCAAGAAAAGAAAGCCUGAUAUCACAAGAGCAAAAAAGUUUUUGGGAUGGGAACCAAAGUUUUCAGUGCGUCAAGGAUUGCAAGAAACAGUGGAUUGGUUCAAUUUGCAAGUACAAGAAGGGCUGAUAUGA